CGUAUUUACUGUUAUUUAUUUAAUGUUAUAUAAUAGUAACUGACAAGGCACACACCGUCCUCUACCGACAAAACGGACUCUAGCAAUGCACAGAGACAGUGAGCAGACUAACAUAACUGGAGUGUCAGCAUCAGGCCAGGUGGUGAAGAACCAGAAGAGUGGUAAGAAGAGCGACCUGGCCCGAGCCUCAGCCAUGACAGACCCCAGCCUGACGUCCCCCUCAGAGGCCCCUCUGCGCUCCCCCCGGGCUGCACCCAUUUCCCUCUCCUUCCCCUUCUUGAGGGAGGGCAGCCGUGUGUGGGAAAGGGGAGCGCCACCCCAGCCCCGGUCACUGCCCAGCCCACUGCCCACCAAACGCAACCGCACCUAUUCAGCCACGGUGCGGGCCACCUCAGGGCCAGCGUUUAAGGGCGUGUGCAAGAGCUUCUGCAGGUCACAAGGUCAUGGCUUCAUCCGCCCCACCAAUGGCGGAGAUGACAUCUUUGUUCACAUCUCUGAUAUCGAGGGCGAGUAUGUCCCAGUAGAAGGAGAUGAGGUCACAUACAAAGUCUCCCGGAUCCCACCCAAAAACCUGAAGAUCCAGGCCGUGGAGGUGAAGAUAGUUCAUCUGAACCCAGGGACGAAGCAUGAGACCUGGUCUGGCCAGAUCAUCAGCCAGCUAGACGAGAGCUAGGCUUCAGCGCUGGCCUGUUUAUUUACACUUGGCUACAGGGAGGGCUAGGGUGGGAAGUUGAGGGGUCUGGCUAGGGCAGGCAGGGACGGCCAACUGGUGCUGGAGAGUCUGUCUAAAUCAGGUGUGCUAGAGCUGGGCUGGAACAAAACCCUAGAUACACUGACUGGCUCCUCAGGACACAAGUUGGCCAUCCGUGAACUAGGACGUGGUUAGUACAGACUGGAUUGAUAAGUCAUAAAAGCCAAGGGAGGAGAAUAUGUUCAACCUGAAGGUACUGGAAGUGGGUGAGGGGACUGAGCGGAGUGGUGGAGGAAAUAGAAUGAGAAAUCCGACACCAUUUUGAGGAGAAGCAUUACUAUUGGUGUCAAAUCAAAAUGAGGUUGGAGAGAAAAUAACUGAUGAAGGUUUAGAGGUACAGAAUCGGAAACGUCUGAUUGAGAGAGCAAUCGAGAAGGGAGGGAGAGAUGGGCGUAAGACAAAAUCAAAAGCUUGGACGAAUAAUUUAUAUUUUACUGUGAAUGGAAAAGCCACUAUUAAUAUGUUCUCGAGGUACACAACCAUCUUUGUAUUUUUGCCUUUUAUUAAUACAUAUUUAUUUGAUCAUUUUAUUUCGAUUUUUUUGUAUCCGUUAGUUUUGAAGUUACUGGGUUUAAGUUUUGGGAAUUGUAGUCAAACGAAUGCACUUAAAAACUUGAACUUCCAUUCUGAAAUACUGCCGAACCGACUACAACUCCUAUUAGGCUUUAUCAUGUGGCAAUUUGUAGUCCUGUUUGCAAAU